AUGAAGAGAGAGAGAAAGAAGAAGAGUAUUACUCAGGAGCUGACAGAGAAGGAGAGGAUUGAGGCCUUGUUCAGAUCUCAAAUAUGCUUCAUGAUUCAGAACAUUGAGAAGACAGCUCUGCUCUCUGAGUAUGUCAAUCUGCUUAUCACUGAGAUGAAACCUGAGGCAGCAGAUCAGAAAAUGCGGGAUUUUGAGAUACAGGUUGACCUGGCUGAAAGAGAGCAGUGA